GGAGGCGGACAGGAAGUGAUGGCGGCCGGGCCUGGUUGGUGCAGGCAGUGGGUGUGCAGCCGCCGCUCCGUCCACUUACGUUGUACAUAUCAUGCGGGGGUGUGGCCUCCAGCGUCCUCUCCUGAGCACUUGUACACCGCUCAGGGAGAGCAGGACGCCCGGGCCCCUCCAGCCCCGUAUACAUGCUGCAUACAAUGUGGUCCCGGGGGGCUCUCCUGAGAGGUCGCUCCAUGGGUCCUCUCCGGCGACUCUACCACGGAGACAAGGUGGCCACAGUCGGCUCCACACCAGACUCUAGCUCCCCGGCUUACCAGGAGAGCUAUGAUAGAAUGAAAGCAUUAGUAACAGAGCUGCAGGAAAAGGCAGAGAAGAUACGGCUUGGAGGAGGAGAAAAGGCCCGAACACUCCAUACCUCUAGAGGGAAACUUCUACCAAGAGAAAGAAUCGACAGACUUCUAGAUCCUGGGUCUCCUUUCCUGGAAUUCUCUCAGUUUGCCGGUCACCAGUUGUACGGUAAUGAAGAGGUGCCGGCUGGGGGUCUCAUCACAGGCAUUGGUCGUGUAUCUGGGAUAGAAUGUCUUAUUGUAGCCAAUGAUGCAACGGUGAAAGGAGGCACCUACUACCCUGUCACAGUUAAGAAGCACCUCCGAGCUCAAGAAAUUGCUAUGCAGAACCAUCUACCUUGUGUAUACUUAGUGGAUUCUGGUGGAGCAAACCUACCUCGCCAGGCGGAUGUAUUCCCAGACCGUGAUCAUUUUGGUCGCAUUUUCUACAACCAGGCAAGGAUGUCAUCACAAGGAAUUUCUCAGAUUGCAGUUGUGAUGGGAUCCUGUACUGCUGGUGGAGCGUAUGUGCCAGCAAUGGCUGAUGAAAGUAUCAUUGUUCAAAAACAGGGAACCAUUUUCUUAGGCGGACCUCCAUUGGUAAAGGCAGCUACUGGGGAACAGGUGUCUGCUGAAGAGUUAGGAGGGGCAGAUUUGCACUGUAGAAAAUCUGGUGUGACUGAUCACUACGCAGUAGAUGACAACCACGCUCUUCACUUGGCUCGGAAAGCAGUGAGAGGCCUAAACUAUAAAAAGAAUCUUGAUGUAACUGUUGAAAAGCCUGAAGAUCCACUGUUUCCAGCAGAUGAACUGUACGGGAUUGUGGGUGACAAUUUAAAGAAGAAUUUUGACGUCCGAGAGGUUAUUGCUCGGGUUGUGGAUGGAAGCAAAUUUGAUGAGUUUAAAGCACUUUAUGGAGACACAUUAGUUACAGGUUUUGCAAGAAUAUUUGGUUAUCCAGUUGGUAUUAUUGGAAAUAAUGGCGUUCUUUUCUCAGAAUCUGCAAAAAAGGGAACUCACUUUAUUCAGCUGUGCUGUCAAAGAAACAUUCCCCUCCUUUUCUUGCAGAACAUUACAGGUUUCAUGGUUGGCCGAGAGUAUGAAGCAGGGGGUAUAGCCAAGGACGGAGCUAAAAUGGUGACUGCAGUUGCCUGUGCCAGUGUACCAAAAAUAACUGUAAUUAUUGGAGGCUCCUAUGGUGCCGGGAAUUAUGGGAUGUGUGGUAGAGCUUACAGUCCCAGGUUCCUUUAUACAUGGCCAAAUGCUCGUAUAUCAGUGAUGGGUGGGGAACAAGCUGCUACUGUAUUAGCCACCAUUGCUAAAGACCAGAAAGCCAGGGAGGGGAAAUCGUUUUCGGAAGAGGAAGAAGCGGCUCUUAAAGAUCCAAUAAUCAAGAGAUUUGAGGAGGAAGGAAAUCCAUACUACUCCAGUGCCAGGUUGUGGGAUGAUGGCAUUAUUGAUCCGGCUGACACCAGACUGGUUCUAGGACUGAGUCUCAGCGCAGCUCUGAAUGCACCAACACAGAAGACUCAGUUUGGAGUUUUUAGAAUGUGAUUGACUCCAGAAUUAUUGUGUUCUCUACAGAAACUUGUGUACCAAUAUCUUUUCUUUCUGUAAAAUAAAACCUUUUAUACAACA